AUGGCCAAAUUCUUACGGACCCUGCUGUUCCUGGUGAUCACAGUGGAGUUUGUAUCUAGAAGAGUCGAAGCCUGGGGCUCACCAAAGAUUGAGAGGCCAUUCGAAGACAUCCCCAAAUCCUAUGUCUAUGUGCAGCAUGCACUCUGGUAUGCCAUGAAAGAGUAUAACAAGGCCAGCAAUGACCAAUACAACUUUAGGGUGGUGGAUAUCCUAAAAUCUCAGGAGCAGAUCACAGACAGUCUGGAGUAUUAUCUUGAAGUAAACAUUGCCCGAACAAUGUGCAAGAAAAUUGCAGGAGACAAUGAAAACUGCCUGUUUCAACAUGAUCCUAAAAUGAAAAAGAUGGUGUUUUGCAUUUUUAUUGUUAGCUCUAAACCAUGGAAAUUUGAACUUAAAAUGUUGAAGAAGCAAUGCAAAGAUAUCUAA